CUAAACUUAAGUAUUCUUAUAUUAGCUUUUCUUCGUCUUUUAAAACCUCGUAAAUUAUUAGCUUUACCCCCGCUUCACUUACAGAAGUUGUUAAACGUUUUCUACUGUUAAUAUAAGUUUAGCGUAACUUUUAAAUAUGGCUGAGAAGAUAGACAUUGACGACAUGAAGGCAGCCAACGGAGAGGCUCACUACGACGAGCCCAUGGCCAACGGACUCGACGGCCACAAGAAGACCGGCCCGGAGCCGCUGUCCGCCCGGUUGCUCAGAAUCGUCCGGGCCAACCUGUUGGUCAUCCUCACCGUGGCCGGGGUCGUGGUCGGCGUGUUCAUUGGACUCGGCGUGCGCAACGUGGGGCUGACGAAAACCCAGGAAAUUUACGUGGGUUUCCCGGGCGAGAUCCUCAUCCGGCUCCUGAAGAUGAUCAUCAUCCCCCUGGUCGUGUGCAGCCUGGUGUCCGGCGCGGCCAGCAUCGACCCCAAAGCCCUGGGGAAGCUCGGCGGGUGGGCCAUGCUCUUCUUUCUCGUCACCACACUCAUCGCGUCGUCCAUCGGGGUCGUGAUGGCGUUCAUCAUCAAGCCGGGGGCCGUGGACAACCCCACGGCUUUAAUAGACUUGGAUGAUAGCGUGCCGGCGCAUAAAGAAAUCAUAGACUCCUUCCUGGACUUGAUAAGAAAUAUCUUUCCUUCCAACCUGGUGUCUGCUGCCUUUCAGUCUUAUGCAACCUCCUACAAGCUGAUAAAAAGGAAUGGCACAGAUGGAAACCCAAAUAUCACAGUGGAGAAGGUGCCCAUUGGAUCAGACCAAGACGGCAUGAACAUUCUCGGCCUGGUGGUGUUUGCUAUCGUGUUUGGUGUGGCUUUGAGGAAGCUGGGCGAGGAAGGAGAGAUCCUGAUCAAGUUCUUCAACUCCUUCAACGAGGCCACCAUGGUGCUGGUCUCCUGGAUCAUGUGGUAUGCCCCUCUGGGUAUCAUGUUCCUCGUCGCUGGCAAGAUUGUGGAGAUGAAUGACGUUGGCACGCUGUUUGCCAGUCUGGGCAAAUAUAUAGCCUGCUGUAUGGUUGGUCACGCAAUCCACGGUUUCCUCGUGCUGCCGGGCAUCUACUUUAUCUUCACGAGGAAGAACCCUUACAACUUCCUCUGGGGGAUAUUCGCAGCUUUGGCUACAGCUUUCGGAACAAGCUCCAGCUCUGCCACGCUGCCCCUCAUGAUGAAGUGCGUGGAGGAAAAAAACGGCGUGUCCAAGCACAUCAGCCGCUUUAUCCUGCCCAUCGGCGCAACCGUCAACAUGGAUGGAGCCGCCCUCUUUCAGUGCGUGGCUGCUGUUUUCAUCGCUCAGCUGAACAACAUGAGCCUCAACUUCAUCCAAGUCAUCACAAUCCUUGUGACAGCUACAGCGUCCAGUGUGGGAGCGGCCGGUAUCCCUGCAGGGGGGGUGCUCACUCUGGCUAUUAUCCUGGAAGCAAUAGGACUCCCAACCAAAGACAUCUCUCUAAUCCUUGCCGUUGACUGGAUUGUAGAUCGUACCUGCACGGUGCUGAACGUGGAGGGCGACGCGUUUGGAGCUGGACUCCUGCAGCACUUUGUGGACCGCAAUCUGAAGCACGACGGCGGAGCCGAGCUGAGCGAGGUCAGGAUGGACGGGGUUCUGUCUGCCGCCACCCCCGAGUCCUCGCCGCUCAUAGAUAAACGAGCUGUCAAGACGUCCAGUGAGAGAGAAUCUGCUAUGUAAUCCUGCUGCUGACGUUCUCAGGGUCACUCCGGACUAGUCUGACACUUCUGUAUGCUGAAACCUAAAGUUCAAACCCCCGUUACGCAGAUUUUUCUUUUUUUUUCUUUUCUUGUCCUGCCGUGGAGAAAAGAGUGCAAGGAGUGAGGAAGGACUCUACGCUGCAGAAGAACCUCUCUAACCUCAGCACUGUGUACAAAGUGAUUCUUGUUAGGAGCACAUUGGUCUACAUUAGACAGAUUUCUGUGCGUUUGAUUGGCCAACUUUAAAGUCAGAAUGUCUGUGACAUCGUUGAGUACAUCUAUAUCAGAUGAUGCUUUAUACACCCACAGGAGCUACACCAGUGAUCUUCAAGAUGCAAUCAGUCAUUAAGUUAAAAAAAAAAA